AUGGUCCUCAUUGUCAUUAUGCUCAUAUUAUGUGCCAGGUUUCUCUACAAGAAAUCUUUAAGCAACCCACACCCACUGCCACCUGGUCCAAUGUGUUUCCCAUUCAUCGGAUGUACUAUCCAAAUGCUCCUAAAUAAGCCGACUUUUAGGUGGAUCCACAACCUCAUGGAUCAAUUCAACACUCAAAUACUUUGUAUCCGACUAGGAUCUUCAACUCAUGUCAUCACAGUCACCUCCCCAGAGCUAGCAUGCGAGUUCCUAAAGAAACAAGAGGCAAUAUUCAUUUCACGACCUGAUUUCUUUUCAGCAUAUCUUUUGAGUGAUGGUUAUCACACAGCUGCUUUGGCCCCCCUUGGAGACCAAUGGAGGAAGAUGAGAAGAGUCAUAACCCACGACAUGCUCUCGUCUCAAGUGCACAAAUGGUUCCAACCCAAACGUGACGAAGAAGCCAACCAGUUGCUUGGGUACAUAUGCAAUCAAAUAGAGAACGGAGAUAACAUAACUGAUGGGGGAUUAAUAAACAUUCGGAUGGUGAGCCGACAUUUCUGUGCAAACUUAAUGAGAAAUAUGAUUUUUGGAAGAAGAUUCUUUGGGAAAGGAAGCGAAGAUAUUGGUGGGCCUGGGGAAGAAGAAACUGAACAUGUGGCUGCUAUUUUUAACAUCCUAAAGUAUCUUUAUGCAUUUUGUAUUACAGAUUAUCAUCCACGGUUGAGAGGGAAGACUGAUUUUGAUGGCCACGAAAAGAGCAUGAGGUCAGCACUCAAAAUUGCUCGAAAGUAUCAAGACCCAUUGAUCAAUGAACGGAUACAGAUGUGGGAAAAUGGAGACAGAAUGGAGAAACAUGAUCUGCUAGAUGUUCUUAUCCAACAUGACAACCCUAAGGUUACAACAGUGGAGAUCAAAGCCCAGAUUAUUGAAAUAAUGGGUGCAACAGUUGAUAAUCCCUCUAACGCAGUAGAAUGGACAAUGGGAGAGAUGAUGAAUGAACCCACCCUCUUAAAACGAGCGGUCGAGGAGCUGGACCAUGUUGUAGGUUGCAAUCGGCUAGUCCAAGAGCGAGACUUACCCCAACUCAAUUACCUAAAAGCGUGUAUCAAGGAAGCCUUUAGGUUACACCCUUUUGCAGCUUUUAAUCCACCCCAUGUUUCGACCAUGGACACUACUGUUGCCGGUUACUUUAUACCAAAGGGUAGUCAUGUGCUGCUUAGUCGACGUGGGUUAGGAAGGAAUCCAAAUGUGUGGGCGGAUCCAUUGCGGUUUAAUCCUGAUCGUCAUCUACAGGGGGCAGAAAAGCAUGUGGUUCUUACAGAUGAUGAGUUGAGAAUGAUUUCAUUUAGCACCGGGAAACGUGGUUGUCCUGCAGUGGUGUUGGGCUCUACCAUCACUACAAUUAUGUUAGCCAGACUGCUUCAAGGGUUCACUUGGGAGCCGAUAUGUAAAGAGCUGCCGAUUAAGCUUGUUGAAAAUCAUGAUGACCUUAGCUUGGUUAAGCCACUUGUGCUCAUUGCCAAGCCACGGCUGCCUCAACAUCUCUACCCAAAAAUUUGA